UACAAUUACCAUCACUAUGCCGCAAAAAUGUAAACAAACUUUGUUUUUUUUUUUUGCAAUUUUUAAGUAAAUUUGUAGGUUUUUUAAAUUUUAUUAGAAAUGUUAGAAACAACAGAACCUUGUACAUCCAAAGCAGCUAGAUUAAAUACUUUAAGCAGUAAUGUAGCGGAUAAUGACGUGGAAAUGCAGGAAUUGGAAGAUAACCAAGAUAGUUCCUCUUUGUGGUGCAUAGAAGAUGACAGCAUGUUUUAUGCCCAAGGUUUAAAACAUCACAGUGCCGGCAAAGGAAAAUCGGUGUAUGUAACAUGGAAUGAAAAUUAUUUACUUAAUUUUGUGUUCAAAACUUCCAGUAAAUCGGGCGCUACUACACUAACAAAAGUACGUAUUGCACUGCCAGAGCAUGAGCAAGAAUUGGAAGAAAUAGCUAAUAUGUUAAUAUUAGAAAUGAAUACUUUACUUUGUAUGAAAAGUGGUCGUGUCUACUAUUUUAGUUCUGUUAAAUCUAUGCAUAAAGUUGAUUGGUUAACAGGGGUACGUUGUAUGUCACCCUGUCCGGGCACACAGUUCAGUGUUAUACGUUUAAUAAAACAGGGAGAGGAAGCGGAUGUUAAACAGCAAAGUCUACUUUGUUUAGAGGUUUAUAAGGAUGUGCCACAAUUGGGUAAAUGUUGCAGUGAUCAACAGGUUUUAUGCCAUAGUUAUGAUAUUAGUUUUGAUGUGGACAAUCUCUUCAAUUGUGAUUGGAGACAAGAAACCUAUACCUUAACCUCUUUAAUAACAGAUAAAAGAAAUAUAGAAUUCCUAAAACAGCUGGUAUCUAUUGGAAAUAUAUUUCGUUCGAAAGAGGAAGUGAUAGAAUUGGAAAUUAAUCAAGAAGUGCAUAUUUUUACUGUAUCUGGUAAUCUGUUACUUUUGGCAGGAGCUUUAGUGGCAGAAAGUGAUUCCUUGGAAGGCCAUGCACAAGUGGAAGAUUUUGGUAUACGUCUGCUUAAUACUUAUGCUUGUCAUAUCGAAUGUAUACGUAUUGAUUGUGAAAAGAAUUUGCUCAUAGUUCUUUUACAAUCAGGUCAUCUGGAUAUAUGGUACAAAAGCCAGCGAAUGUUAGGAGCCAUUUAUCAUCAACAACAUCAACUGACACAGUUUUUAUAUUACGACUACUGGCCUGCAAAAAAUAUUUUCUACUUUACCACUCCUGAUGAGGUAAUACAAUUGAAAAUUCUAACCUCUCCACAAGAGACCAAAGAACAGGAGUGUAUUAUUAAAGAAACACGCAAGUCUAUAGCUGGCAUGAUUGCUUGUACCUGGGUGGAAAGUUUACAACAAUUAAUAUGUUUAAGUUUUAAUAACAUCUUUUAUCGCAUACAUUUUACCUCAACCCCCGAAAGAUUGGAGUAUUCCGAAGCUAAUGAAACAAACUAUGAAAAUUUAAAUAAUUUAUAUGCCUUAAAUACAAAACGCGUUAAGGAACUUACUGCCAAAGCACAAAUUGUUAAUGACUUAAUAGAACAACCCAAACAGCUGCACAAUGGCAUAGAAAAAGAAUUUGAAAAACAACAACUUUUAUCACUUUCCACAAAAAGUGAAAUUUUUCAAAAAUUAUUUCAAACACAUUUGGAAUAUCAUGUGAAUAUACCGCAUAUUAGCUAUUUCGGCAAAGACUGUAUAACUAUAAGAACUAACAGACAUUACACACAUCACUCGAAUGAAAAAGCCACCAUUUAUAGCUUAAUUUUUCUAUCCUUAAAAAAUAAACAUAAAUUUCUCUCUUCCAUAUUUAUCUCUACCAUAUGGUAUUUGCACAUUACCAAUUCACAGCAAAGUUUACAAUUACAUUUGCCCUUUGAACUAAUAAACAAAAAUCUUUGUUUUAUACUCGACACACCUUCAAAUCAUCUCGAUAAACCUAUAUUAACAAAUUAUUCUUUAAAUCUCUUGUGUUUUGUUAGUCAUCAGUCUCAACAUAUGGCUUUGAAAUUUAAAUUAUGUUUGGAAACCAAUGAGAGAACUUACAUAAAUUUAUUUAGCUUUAACAUACAAAAUUUGCCAAUAUUUCAUAAUUUUUAUGAAGAUAUUGAGAGAUUACUUAAAAAACACUCUGAUAACGCAAAUAAAACGAAUGCUGUAGAAGAAGAGUCUGGGAAAAAUGUGUACAAACUUAAACAUUUCUUUAAAAUAUCUAAAAAUGUUUUACUAACUACUAUGGAAAAACUUGAAGCUCAAUGGACGUCUUUAGUCGGAGUGGCUUUUGAAAUAUACUAUCUUCAUGAACAUUUAAUUGAGUUGAAUUAUGAUGAUUCGAAGGAAAUUUUACAAAUAUCUUCUAAUUAUCCGUUAGCAAUAUUUUAUAUUAAAAUGUUGCUACUACAUGCCCAACAGCAGCAGGAGUCUGCUAAGGACUUGGUUAUGGUGGACACUUCUUUGCCAAAAAUGCUAGAAAUGAUUAUGAGUUACCAAAGCGAUAUAGAACAAUUAUAUGGUUCAUUAGUAUCGCCAGAAUCGGAGGAAAUGAAUUCCAAUACGAUUUCUAUGCACUUAGAAAAUUUACAAAAUAUUUAUGCCAAAAUACGUCAAGAAUUUUACGAUAUAUUUAGAUAGCUAAAGUUAAGUUUAUUAUACCUAAUGUUUAAGUGUAAAUAUAGUUAUAUUAUUAGUUGCAAAAAUCUUGUGAGAUUAUACAUAUAUGUAUUUAUUAGAUAUUUAAGUUUAUGUUUAGAAUAAAUUAAUACGAUUGGGUUAA